AUAGGUCAUCAGGCAGCACCAUUCACCAGCCACCUAAUCUAAAUGUUGCACAUGUUGAAUGUGUUUCAAAUACAUCAUUACAUUAUCAAGUGACCACAGAGUUUGACCCACUUUCACCUGUAGAAGGCUCAACCCAGAUCACCACCAGACACACUGAGGCCAAUGGGAUCAUGAGUUCAGAAACUUAGUGGUAUUAAUAAUGAUGCACUGACUCUUCUGUCCCGGAACUAUCAGGUUAUAAAGAUCAAAUAUGCAUCAUGGUGUGUCCCGGGCCCGAUUAACUCAUUAGUGGACCCCUUGUAAAAAGUGAGCUGUGGACUCCAAUUAAGCCCCCUGCAUUCCCCAACUUAGUUUGAUCAUUAGUUUAGUUGGUUAGUUCAUUAAAUGCAAAUUUAUUUGCUAAUAUGUAACCUGUAAGCAUAAUAUAGCAAAACAUAAAAAGGUAUAGAAAGUAGAUUUUGACAAAGGACCCUGCUACAAGACAUGGCCUAAAGUUUAGGUACAAAUUCAGGAGUUGCUUUAAAGGCCUUUCCAUUGCAGUUUAUAUGAAUCAAUAAAUCAGAUUUGCCAGAGAGUGAAUCUUUGGUGCCUUUGAGGCCUGAAAGUCUGGGUCACUGGGGCAAUUGCUCACUAAUGCCCAGCUGGUAAUCCAGCUUUGGGUGUCUGGAAUACCUGAUCUAAUACGGUAUCGCCAUGAUAAAAUACAAAAUACAGUGUUUACUACACCUACAGAGUUAUAGACUCUCAGUAUAUUAUAUAUUGAUUAUAUAUCUUAAUAAUAGCAUGAUUUGUGAAUGUGCAGGUUACUCUCUUUCAUCUGAGGUUGUUCUAUUGACUUUUCCCUCAGGGGUAGAAUAAAGUGUGUCAAAUCAUCCUAUUAUACUUUUGUUUGAGCGCAUCUUCAUCAUAGAAACUGCACAGACCAAGUUCAGUAAAUUACUGUUCAUUAAUCCGCCAAUUAAAAUAUUCAAUAGCUUUCUAAACUCCCAAAACUUAAGAUCUACAUCACACUCCAUCACACAACAGCCCAUUGUCGGUUUCUUGUAUUGUGGCAAAGCUACAACUGCGGGGAUUAAAUGGAAGCACAUGAUGAUUCAACCCCGUGAUUUCUCAGAGUUGGGUCAUGGAUUCAGUCAUUUCCUUUUUCUUUUCUUUUUCUUCUUUCUCCUGACACCGUAGCCCACUUCUCUCUCUCUCUCCCUCUCUCUCUCCCCGGUGCGUGAUGGCUUCCCCUCGGCUGGAGACUUUCUGCUGCCCGAACCGAGACGCAGCUACAGAGUUUGUGGUCACUUUCCAGCCGCUCUUGUUCGGGGCUUUAACUGUCGGCAGCGCGUCCCUGAGCCUCUUGCUCUCUAUUUUGCAAUUGCUGCCAAAACGCAAGGGAUACAGAAGACUUGGACAAUAUCCGGUGCCAAGGCCCGCGUCCUCCUCACGAAUAUUGUUCAUCAUCAGCAUCUGUGACAUACUGGGAUGCACAGGUAUCAUUGUAAGGUCAUCUGUCUGGCUGGGCCUGCCCAACACCAUUGACCGCAUCUCUGUGGCCAACAGUACUGAUGUGUGGCCAGAGAUCUUCUGUGUUGGAAGUGCAAUGUGGAUCCAGUUGUUUUUCAGCGCCUCUUUUUGGUGGACCUUUUGUUAUGCUGUUGACGUCUUCCUUGUGGUGAAAACAUCUGCAGGAAUCAGCACCAUUAUCCUCUACCACAUGAUUACAUGGGGUCUGGCUGUGCUGCUGUGUGUUGAAGGAGUGGCCAUGCUCUACUACCCAUCCAUCUCAGAUUGUGAGCAAGGCCUCCAGCAUGCUAUACCUCACUAUGUCACCACGUACGCUCCGAUGCUGUUGGUCCUCGUGGCCAACCCUGUCUUCUUUAAUCGGACAAUAUCUGCAGUGACAUCUCUACUGAAAGGGCGACAAGGAAUCUACACAGAAAAUGAGAGACGGCUGGCCAACGAGAUAAAAAUACGUUUCUUUAAAAUAAUGCUGGUGUUCUUUAUUUGCUGGGUGCCCAACAUCAUCAAUGAGAGCCUCCUCUUCUACCUGGAGAUGCAGAUGGACAUCAAUGACAACAGUUUCAGGAAUAUCAGGAAUGCAGCCCUCAUCACAUGGUUUAUUAUGGGUAUCCUGAACCCCAUGCAGGCUUUCCUCAACACUCUGGCCUUUCAUGGCUGGACAGGAUUUGAUAUUGAUCUCAGCCUGCAGCGGAGGAGGGAGCUGGCCUGGGACUCGGUCUCUACAUCAGCGCCGAACACAGGAGGCCAUAAUCCCAUAGUGGGAGCCACUCUGCUCUACCAAAGUCACGUCCAGGAAGCCAAAAAGAGCGUGAUGGGUAAUGGCCAGCAGCACUCUGAUGCCAUCAGUGUUCUCUCAGAAGGUUCAGAUUCUAGUACAGUUGAAAUCCGCAUUUCCAGCGAGCUACGAGACUUUGAGGAUGUAGACGCUGAUGGAGAAUCCUUGGAGAACUCUGUGAGGCACUAGCUGGGGUCAUCGACAACCCGCCUCGUUCUACUUUGCUGUGUGACAUUGUUCUUGUAGUUCAUUUUGUUUUAGUUUGUCUCCUCUAUUGUCCUGUUGAGAUUUUCCCAGAUUUUAACUGGUUAUAAGAUUUCAUUAGUUGGUGUGACAAAAUAUGUCUGAUUCAAAGCCUUUUAUGUCUCCCUAAACCCUUUAAUCUGUCUGCAGUAUAGUGUAGUGUUACAUUACAGUAACCCAAAGUAACUGCAAUGUCUCUUCUGGCAAUCAUCGACAGAACAAUCAUAACAUUUUCUUAUUAAAUAACUGACAGGUUGAACUUUAGAAGUGCCCUAAGAGCUUGAGGAAACAUUUCUCCUGGUGAGUUAGAUGCACUCUGGUUUUGUGAUAUGCACUCUUGUUGUUAAGCUCUUAAGGCACAACAGAAUAUAUAAUAAGCUAAAUUGUGUAUUUUUUGAGGUAGUUACUGUAUAUCCAGCUGUUCAUCUUGUAUUU